AUGACAACGAAGUCUCCCACUAUUGUCACGAAUCCCGUCACCGGCCCCGAAAUGGUUUCCCAGGCUCAGAUCCUCGAUCGGUCUAUCCCCAUGCCGAGCGCGCCCUCGUCUCUGUCGCGCCAUUCUCACUCCAGCCGGCGACAUCGCUCGAGUCGUUCUCAUCAUGGGGGUCUCGCUCACCAGCCUCAAAACGACUUUCCCAUUUUCACGCACACAGGCGACGUGGAGAUCGUGAUUCGUGCGGGUGCCCAGGAGAAGCGGUAUCUUCUACAUCGGUUGAUAUUGGCGCAAUGCUCGGGGUUUUUCGAAGCGAGCACCCGCGAGGAAUGGUCAGGACAAACCGUCGCGCGACCAACAAAUCCGGAUCCCGCCGUGCUAUCGCGUAUUAGCGAAGAUAACUCUUCCCUUUCUAACGGCUCGACCCUGGCCCAGUCCGAUGCGGGACAAACGCCGUGGGCACCCGAGAAGAGAAGAUGGCGGUAUGAACUAGACUGGGAGGGCAAGGCGGAGGACGAGGAACCGAUUUUGGUUCAAAAGCCACCUAGCUUUUCCAGCGCGUUCGGGAAUGACGCGGGUCAAUACCCUCCGUCGACGACCAAACCAUCGAGUGCCCAUGCGGGUUUCGUUCGCUCCAUGGCAAAUCUGGCGGGGAUGCAGUCGGUGGUCAACUUGCCUCACCGGGGGACAGCGGCGAACGCGCCGAUGGAUCCCAUCGUCCGCGAUUAUGAUAAUCUGUUUCGUUUAUUUUACAACUAUCCCCCGCAGCUCAAUAGCGUGAACAUCGCGACCGCGUACGCCGAGUGUAGGGCACUGUUGGCAUUAGCUGAUAUGUAUGACGCGCUGCCAGUCACUGGACCGCGAGUCGACCACCAUCUAUUGGGCUUUGGCUCCCGGCUGUUCAAGCAAAUCGCCAAAUAUCCACCGAGUUACCUUAAAUUGGGAUUCCUGGCGCGAAGCCGGGUCAUCUACUCGGAAGCCCUGAUCCACGUUGUCGGACAAUGGCCGGUGGGACUGCCCCAUUUGCGCAACGGCCCGUACUCGCCCCUCCCGGACACCGUGCUGGACAUCAUCGAGGACAAGGUGGAGGAUCUCGAGUUUAUGAAAGCGCGCGUUGACUCUAAGCUGCUGCGACUCUCCCUUACCACAUCUCGUGGCGAAAGAGUUAGUCCCACGAAUGCGUACCUCGACUGGCUCGCGAUCUCUCUAUUUCGACAAUGGCUGGUGGACAGCACAACGCCACCUCCAGCGCCGAUCCUCAAGAACAAUUCCUCGAACCCCAGCAGCCAUCCAAGUCGCUCGUCGCAACCGACCGGACAUCAUCGCGGCCAAGACUCCUCGUCAGGCCCUUCGAAAUCUUCCGCAUCCACUCCCCCAAUGUCCUCGGCGCAGGUGUACCGCCUGAUCGGCUCCUCGUCCUCCCAAGCUUAUCUAAAGCAUGAAGAACUCAAGAAAUUCCUUAAAGUCCACCCAACCCCGUCUACAGAGUCGUUGUACUCCCGGGACGUCUUGAAACGCUUUGAGCGCAAGAUGGACGAGAUCAAACGAUUAGCUCGUGAGAUUGUGAAGCCUCUCAUGCGAAAUUUCCUCGAGCUGGAUCUGAAGAGUGCUGAAAUGAGCGACGCGGGAUUUCCUUACCUGACGUGCAUUAAAGUCGAGAACGCCGAUGUCCCAUGGGAAUGA